AUGCCACGAACACCCCGCGAACACCUCGAACGAGAUCCACGAGAUCCACGAGAUCCAGACGCACAACGCCAUCAACGGCGAAAAGGGCAUCGCUACAACGACAGUGCAAGCGAAUUACUCCCCCAGUCACCACGACACCAUCGUAGACGAGAUUCAGAGUCCCAAAGUCCGAGGAAAGAGAGACCGAGAAAAAAGAAAUAUCAUUAUACAGAAGAUGAGAGGACGGAAAGCAGUAACUCUGCGAGUCGGGGGUUGAGUGCGGAUGCUCUCGGGCAAUUGGACGCCUUGAAUGUGGGGGAUGCGACUUGGAAUAGCAAUGGAGGUGUCAAGAGGACUGAGAGAUACGAGAGUAUCGAGGAUGAGGCAAGGAGGAGGGAAAGAAGGGAGAGAAGAGAAAGACGGAGGCGAGAAAGAGAAGGAGGAGAACACCGUUAUCGCGAGCGUGGACAACAACCGCGAGUCGUGAGCGGCACUUAUCUGGAGCGUGGUGCUGAGCCUUACGAUGAGAAGGUGGUACUGGUCGACCGACGGGUGCGAAUGAGAGGUGGUGCCGGUAGUGCCGAGUCUGAGGGAAAUGAGGCACGAAGGCGCAAACGACGAAAGAUUGGUAUUGUUGGUAUCAUCAUUAUAGUCAUACUAGCAAUUGUGAUACCAGUAGGCGUGGUCUUGUCCAACAAGAAAAAGUCAUCUUCACCUGCGGAUACAGCCAGCGACACAAGUUCUUCGGCAGGCUCGCCUUCGAACAAGAAUCUGGACGGUAUGAAAGAGUCGGACAUACCAACAGAAGCUCAAGGAACUAUCCUAGACCCGUUCACUUGGUACGACACUUCGGACUUUAAUGUCACGUAUACCGCUGCCACCGUUGGUGGUCUUUCCCUCAUGGGGCUCAACGAAACUUGGGACGAUUCGGCAAAAGCAAACGACAAUGUGCCAGCACUAGAUAAGUCCUGGGAGUAUGGCAAAAUGCCCAUCAGAGGUGUCAAUGUUGGAGGCUGGCUCAGCAUCGAACCAGUCAUCACCCCCUCCCUCUUCUCCGACUUCAAGACCAGCGAUAGAGUAAUCGAUGAAUGGACGCUCUGCAGUAAGCUCGGUGCCAGCAGAGCUCAAACGACACUGGAAAAGCACUACGCCACGUUCAUCACAGAACAAGACUUUGCAGGUAUACAGGCUGCUGGCUUUGAUCAUGUACGCAUCCCUUUUUCAUACUGGGCAGUCACAACAUACGAGGGCGACCCAUAUGUCUCCAAGAUCUCCUGGCGCUAUCUACUUCGAGCCAUAGAGUGGGCUCGCAAAUAUGGUCUCCGUAUCAAUCUCGACCUUCAUGGUGCCCCAGGCAGUCAAAAUGGUUGGAACCACAGCGGACACCAAGGCGCCAUAAACUGGCUAAAUGGUACAGACGGCACGCUGAACGGCCAACGUACUCUCGACACUCACUCUCAACUAUCGAUCUUUUUUUCACAAUCGCGCUACAAGAACAUCAUCACAAUCUACGGUCUGGUCAACGAACCCAAAAUGACAUAUCUAGACGUCGACACAGUGCUGACCUGGACCAAAUCCGCGAUCCAAAAGAUUCGCGCCAACAACAUGACAGCCAUCAUAACCUUUGGCGACGGCUUCCGCGGUCUAGACAACUGGCAAGGAGAACUCCAAGACUAUGACAAUUUACUCCUAGAUGUACACCAAUACGUCAUCUUCAACAAUCAACAAAUCGCCCUCGAUCACAGCAAAAAAGUAGACUUUGCAUGUUCAGGCUGGACAAACCAAACUCUACGCUCCUCAGACACAGCGACAGGCUUUGGGCCCACACUUUGCGGAGAAUGGAGUCAAGCAGACACAGACUGCGCCACUUAUCUCAACAACGUAGGCGUAGGUUCUCGCUGGGAAGGCACAUUAAACAUGAUUUCCACACCCGGCGGCUCUCUUGACGGCAGUGUACUUUCCCCCACCUGUCCUACCGCCAAUUCUCCUCGCUGUUCUUGCACGAAUGCAAAUGCAUCGCCCUCGUCUUACUCGGAUGGCUAUAAACAGUGGUUGAGAGAUUUUGCAGAGGCGCAAAUGUAUAGUUUCGAGAAAGGGUGGGGGUGGUUUUAUUGGACGUGGAAGACUGAGAGUGCUACGCAGUGGAGUUAUAAAGAUGGAUUGGCUGCGGGCAUCUUACCGAGUAAGACGUGGGAGAGGACGUUUACAUGCGGGAGUGUGCCUGAUUAUGCUGGUAUGGGGUUGGCGGAGAAUUAUUGA